AUGUCGACUGAAUCCAUAAAAGAUUACAAUAAGUUCGGACAACUUUUAGGACUAAGCGAGGAAGUCCUGAAAUCGUUAGGGUCUUCUCAUGCAGUUCUCAGUUUCUGGAAAGAAAAUAACAAGAAGACGGGAAAAGUUGCUGACUUGCUCAAAGCUUUGAGAGAGUGUUGGGCUGUUGAUCCAGCUAAACAACUGGCGAAGACUAUAACCGAGAUAGCCCGUAUAGGACAAACAGGGGAUAAUGCCGUAUCCCAGGUUGCUGAAAGCGGAAGCAUCAGGGAGGUCACUGUUACCGAACCACAGGCUGCUGAAUGCGAGGAAAACAGUACAGUCACUGUUACCAAAUCACAGGCUGCUGAACGCGAAAGCAACAGGGAAGUCACUGUGACUGAAACCCAGGCUGCUGAAUGCGAGGAAAACAGUAGAGUCACUGUUACCAAAUCACAGGCUGCCGAACGCAAAAGCAACAGGGAUGUCGCUAUUAAUGAAAACCGGGCUGCUGAACACGAAGACAACAGUGAAGUCAGUAAAAASCAAUACUCUGGUCACUGGAAAGACGAUCCAGAUUCAAGCGAUGUGUACAGGAUGAAAAGUAACCCCAGAGGAUUGAUGGUCAUCAUUAACAUSCAGAAAUUUGCUGUUGAYCCUACACWURAAAACCGAGAGGAGCUCAUGAAAGAAUUGACCGAGCGCRAAGGUUCUGAGAGGGAUGUUGAUAAACUAACUGAUCUUUUCAGUGGAAAGCUAAAUUUCAAAGUCUGCACCAUCAUAGACAAACCAAGAAUUGAAMUUUUGKKAGAASUGCGAAGWUUUGCUGAWGACUCUGCCUACAAAGAUUACGACUGYCUUGCAGUGUGCAUCAUGAGUCAUGGAAAAGACGACAAAUUCUACGCAUACGAUGGAAAACMAAUCAAAGUCUCAGCUGUUUACAACAUGUUCUCCAACUCGAUGUGUGAGGUUUUUCGCUUCAAGCCAAAGCUGUUUUUUAUACAAGCAUGCCGUGGACCAAGGGGCAGUAAGUUUGUCGCAGYMGAUGGGCCAUCGGUAGAAUCUUCAGCACAGCAUCCACCUACAGAGAGCAAAGAUGCUGAUAUGGCAGACAUGCUCAUCGCUUACUCUAGUUUUGAAGAUUACACYUCAUACCGACACUCGGAAGAGGGAAGCUAUUUCAUCCAAAGCUUGGUUCGAUUUUUCCGAGAAUAUGCAGAUUCGGAACAUGUUGARGAGMUAUUGACAAGAGUWAAAAAUGAAGUUCACAGGCUUAUACAAGAGACAUCGCRAGGCCGAACACAAAUCCCUGCUCCUGUAUCAACACUCCGCAAGAAACUGUAUUUCUGGCCAGGAAUGGAUUUUAAUAMGUGAUCUAAGCAUAGUUAACUAUGAUCUAAGGAAUACAUAGAUGUAAAAAUGGUGAGAUCUAGCAAACUCAAACUUUACUCACAUUCGGAGGACGUUUAGGACUCAGCGAGGAAGACCUUGAUACACUACACUCUUCAUCUUCAGUUUUAAAGAUAGUUCUAGAUAAAAGUAAUGAUACAACUGGCAGGGUUACUUCAAUGCUUUGAGAAAGUGUUUGGCUCGUUUCCCUGAACAGCAACUAGCGGACAUUAUAACCACGAUGGUUAAAUUAGGAUGAAUCCUUUAGCUUUUGCUUAGCUUUUGAGGAAGAAAUCUUCUGGAGUAGUUUUUGUUGAGGUAUCUUAGAUGGAUUUAUCGUUUUAUAGACUCCUAAAAAUAAUACAAACAUUAGUAUCAAUCGUGAUAUUUAAUAAUUUUUAGAGAAAACAACAGGUAUUUUCAUAAGAUGUUUUUGAUCUUUGUAUUUCAAUWGAAAUGUAGGAAUAUCGUUUUAUAGUUUUAGGUAGAAAUAUUUUAUAAAAUAGCUCAAAGCUGUGUAAAUUAUAAUGGUGUGGUAGUCUACAAUUAGAAUUUUAUAAUCUUGCGA